AUGGCAGGAAGGGUGACCCAACUGGUGGCAGCCCCAUGUGAGUAUAAACACCUCGUGGCCCGCUGCGCAGACAACGACAACCUGCAGGCUGAGGGCAGCCUGAAGAUGUGUUUUGAUUGGUUUCCGGGCCGCUCCGCGCAUGCGCGGCCCGCGCCGCCCGGGAACGCGCGGCGCCUUUCGACCCCGCCACCCCGCCGUAGCCCGCGCUGCGCUCCGGCGGCCGCGAUGGCGGACGUGUCCGAGAGGACGCUGCAGCUGUCAGUGCUGGUGGCCUUUGCCUCCGGAGUCCUCCUGGGCUGGCAGGCAAACCGGCUGCGGAGGCGCUACCUGGACUGGAGGAAGAAGAGGCUGCAGGACAAGCUGGCGGCGACGCAGAAGAAGCUGGACCUGGCCUGAGAUCCCCGCGCUGCGGGCCUGCGCGCGGCCCCUCGCCUUUCCCGCAUGGGGCCCCGCCGCCGCCAGGCUCGCCUCGCUCUCGGCUCGCAGCGCUGGCUCUUCCUAGAGUCGCCUGUCGAAGAUGGAUAUGGAGCAUUGGACCGUAUUUUCUGCUUGCACUUUAUGAAUCAAUUUUAUUUUUAAAAUAAAAAAUAAUUAAACAUCUUUGAACCUUUUAUUAAAAGGAAAAGGAGUA